AUGCCCUCUUCAAACUCUCGUCCCCGACCGAAGUUGCCCGGUCGAUCUUAUUCCAACCUUCACGACGACCCGCCAUCAGACGCGACCAAGGCGGACGACGAUGCUGUCGACGACGUCUAUCGGGAGGUCAAUUCCACCGGUUCGCUACAGGCAGCAGCGAAGAAAUUAGAACAAUACGCUAGGUUCGCCAAUGAUCCUGAAGAGUCGGGAUACCUCGAACAACAUGACAUUCAAGAAGAUGUAAUCAUGACUGAUGAAGAUACAGAUGACGAAUUAUCUCCCGUAUCUCCCGGUAAGCAGAAUAGUAAAGGGGAGGUGGUCCAUUUACAGGAGGUUGUAGAUGGUUUGUGGAUUGGAGAUUUAGUGGCUGCUAUGGAUACUGAGGGAUUGCAGCAAAGGGGUAUAACCAACAUUCUAUCCCUUCUCAGACCAGCAUUACAGUUCUCCUCUGAAUUCUCUGUAUACCCAUUAGAGAUUGACGAUUCUGCAGAUACGGAUAUCCUCACCCACUUACCAUCGUGUGUGGCUUGGAUCCAGUCGAUCCUCCAGCUAAGAGAGAAAUAUGAAGCUACGAAUGGAAAUGAAGAAGUUCAGAUAGAGAGAGUUCCGAUAAUAUCUAAAUUGGCUGGCGAGCCAAAGAACGGCGGUGUGUUGGUACAUUGUCAAGCUGGAAUGAGUAGGAGUGCGACUGUGGUGGCGGCGUUCUUGAUGAGGGAAUAUGAUUUGGAUCCUGUACAGGCUGUGGUGGCAUUGAGGGAGAAACGACCUGUGGUAGACCCUUCUGAGACUUUCUGGCAUCAGCUUGGAUUGUUCUACAAUGCCGAUGGCAGAGUUUCUCUCAAAGACAAAUCUACAAGAAGGUUCUAUAUGGAAAGGACAGCAUCUCAAUUUAUGAAUGGAGAUGGAGGUGCGCCUGUCAUCGAUCAAAUGGCCAAAUACCCCUUGACACCCUCCCCUUCCAAUCCACCUACACCUAUGGGAGGCCACGGUCGACGCAAAAUCCGAUGUAAGAUGUGUCGAAGACAGUUGGCAGUAAGAGAACAUAUGAUGGACCACAUAUUGGAUCAACAACCCAUUUCCAGACCUAGAACCCCAUCCAAUGUUACUCUACCUUCACCCAAACUGUCUACAAGCUCCAACUUCGCCCCUGCCAGUGGGUCAGCAGCUAAAGAGAGAGAACGAAGAGCCAGUGUUGUUAGUGAUGUCAUAAAUCCCUUGACUGGUCUACCAGGUAGGAGGGCAAGUCAUACUUCCAUUUCUAGUUUGUCGGCGUUACAAACCACCUCGUUGGACAGCUCUUCGAAAGAUAGUCAAUCUUCACAACCUUCUCCAGGAGUUGGUAUCCCCCUACCUAGGAAAUCAUCUACUCCCGGACUGACAUUGACAGCUUCAUCGCCUGAAACAGGUAAUCAUUCGAAACUUUCUGGUGAGAAGGAACAUAUGCCAAGUAUAAUAGGUAAAUUGGAGAAUAACUCUUCACCGAAAUUAGUUUCUUCUUCGCCUAAACCAAUUUCAAAUGCACCAUCACCUUCUCUUGACAACCAGCCUCCCGCUAGUGGUGGAAGGGUAUUUCAAUCUGCUGAACAGUUGAAUUCAAGAUUACCUCCUCAGUUAUUGGCUUUACGUAUGGCGGGAAGUACACCGACAAGUCAAUUAUCUUCACCUAUCGGAAGUUCACCUACAUCUUCACCUGAGAAAGAACAUCAUACUAUAUCGCAACAGAGCUACCCUCCCUCGCAAUCUCAGAAUGUUACGAACGCAGCUAGAAGGAUGAGCAUGUUGGCUAUGACUCCCAAUACACCUGAUGGACUUGAGAGAAGAGGUAGUAUCUCUGAUGUUCAGGGUGGAAGUGGGAGCGGAGGAUAUCCUAUAUUGGUUAAUAAUAAAUGUUCGGGUUAUUUCGUCGAACCUCUCACAUGGAUGGAACCGGUGUUGCAGAAUGGAGAUAUAGCAGGAAAGUUGAUUUGCCCAAACGAAAAAUGCGGUGUGAAAAUCGGUAAUUUCGAUUGGGCCGGUGUUCAAUGUGGUUGUAAAGAAUGGGUGACACCUGGGUUCUGUAUUCAUCGAAGUAAGGUUGAUGAAGUUUGGUAG